GUGACUUUAGAAACCUAAUAUGACUUUAGCAACUUUACCCCAAACGACGAAGACACCAGGUUCUAGAGGAAGUAGAGCCCGUCACAGAAGAAGUGCUACUUUGCCUACCCGGUUGCCAAAUAUUGUACCAAGGUCUACCCUUGUAACACCAGCUAUAACUGGGAUCAAUCCUGUACAACGCAUUGAUGUAUUACACCCGCCCACCGUCCCCAAGCGAACCGUGUUUCUCGAGACAGGGGAAUCCCAGUACCACAUGCAUAGGAGAUGUAUAUUAAUGCAGCAACAGAAGUGGAUGCGAGAACAUGGGGAAUGGCAGAAGCCGGUGUAUGGAACAGCUGCUGUGAGGGAGAACUACAGAUCAACUCUAAGAGGAACGCUCAAAUCACAAAUGGAUGACCGGGUUCUCCUCAAGAGGAGAGAGUGGGAGGAGGCGGUGAAUGAGAGUAUUAUGACGUCAGAGAAGGAUAGGAGAGAUUGUAUGGAGGAUUAUGAAAAAAGAAGAAACAAAUUUAAUUUCUUGCUAACUUUUACUAAAGCUAAUAAAGAGAUGAUGGAAACUCGUUGGAAGGAAAAACAAGUUCUGAAGUUACUCGAAAACAAAAGGGAUUCGGAGCAAUUAAAAUACAACCCCAUAAAUUGGAGUCAUACGCUAAAAUAAGAUGUUUAUGUGACGUCAUGAUGACGUCAGAAUUGGGUCUCAAAAUUGUUCCCUUUUAUUUUGUUUUAUAAUUUUUUAUAACAUUUUGUUCUAUCGAGGUCUACAGCGAGACGUGCUAUGAGACAUCAAAUUUAGGCCAGCGUUGGCCCACAAUUUUAUAACAAUACUGUGUUUUUUUUUAUUCUUUUUUCUACUUUCAAGACUUCCAUUAGCCUGCAUAACACUUGCCUAUUCGGUACUUUUACUUUUAGCGUGCAUUGCCAAAUUGCCACUGCAUAUAAAUGCCGCCAAAGAUUUCUAGAGCAACUGUGAAACUGCAAACAAUAAAUGUUCCACGAAUAAAUUCUGUCAUAGAAAUUAUCCUAA